AUGGUCUUCGAAUACUUCGGCACCCACGGCCUGCGCUCCUAUAUCCGCCAAGCCGUUGACCAGGCCUCGUACCUCCGAGAGCGCAUCGAGGAGAGCCCGCACUACGAGCAGCCCGUCCACACGAAGUAUGGCCUGGUCUGCGUCCGGAGCACCAGAGGCGAGGAAGCCACGAAAGCCUUGGCGAACCACUUGCAGGCGAAGGGCUUUGGCAUCGUCCCUUCGAAGAUCUGCGGUCAAGAGGCUUUGCGAAUUGCCUUGGGUGGCGCGGCGACGACCGAGGCUAUUGUGGAAGAGCUGUGGCAAGAGAUGUUGAAGUUCGCAGAGACCUGA